AUGCAGCAGACACCCGUUCCCCAAGUCGGCAUCUGGCAGCUCCUCUUCGAGCGCCGAGACCGUCCCUUUCCCGAAAGCCAUGUGAUUUUCCAGGACGGCGCGUCGAAGACCUCAUACACGUUCAACGACCUCCGGAUACAAUCGGAAAAGUUUGGCAGUGCACUGAAGACGCAAUGGGGGUUCGAAAAGGGCGAUGUUCUGGCCCUGAUGUCCCCGAAUUGCAUUGACACUCCGGCUGUCACCUGGGGGUGCCAUUAUACAGGGGGCAUUGUUGCGCCAGUCAACCCCGGGCUUUCACCACGGGAGCUCCAACUGCAGUUAGUACGCAGUCAGGCGAGGGGAAUGGUUGUUCAUCCAAGCCGUCUGAGCACCGCAUUAGAGGCGGCCAAACUAGCUAGUCUGCCCAGUGACCGGGUUUUGGUAUUGGGUGGUCGGGACGACAGUGGCGCCGGGAACACAACAGCUCGAUUUAUAGACUCUGCGCUGUCAGACCCUGUCGGACCUGUCCAUAUUGACCCUGACGAUGUUGCGUUCCUGGUCUACUCGUCUGGAACGACGGGGCUUCCUAAGGGUGUGUAUUUGCGGAAACACUUUGCAGUGACAGAGGCUAUUUGGAUAGUGCUAAGACUCUCGCCUCCAGGCGUCAUGAUAUCCCACAGGAACGUUGUCGCGGAUGUCGUCCUGCAAGCAGCAAUAGAAGGACCGCAUGUCAACUGGAGCAAAGACCGGACGCUGGCAGUCCUCCCAACGUACCAUAUAUACGGUCUUAUAUGCCUCGUGCAUCUCCCCGUCUGGCUCGGCACGUCAACUAUCUUCAUGGAGAAGUUCGACCUCCAGACAUUCUGCCGGCUCAUCCGCGAGCACUCAAUCACACAUGCAUACGUCGCACCGCCAAUUGUCCUCCAUCUCGCCAAGAACCCCUCAAUCAACGGCCGCGAUCUAUCUUCACUCCGCAUGAUCACAUCCGGCGGAGCACCUCUCGGGGAAGCACUCAUCCACGAGACAUACGACCGGUGGAAGAUCCCCAUCCGUCAAGCAUACGGGCUCUCCGAGACAACCUCCGUCUCACACAUUCAGCGCUGGGACAGCUGGAACGUCGGCAUCGGCUCCAACGGCCCCGUCAUCCCGGGCGUGCAAGCCCGAAUCGUCCCGGACUCCAACCCAAGCAAGACCGCGGCCCUCAACGAAGAAGGCGAGCUCUGGAUCCGCGGCCCCACCGUCUUCAACGGGUACAUGGACGACGCGUCCUCAACAAAAGCCUGUAAAACAGCAGACGGGUGGUUCCAGACCGGCGACAUCGGCUACGAAGAUGCGCGGGGGAAUCUCCACAUCACCGACCGCGCCAAGGACAUGAUCAAGUUCAAGGGGUUCCAGAUUGCGCCGACGGAGCUGGAGGAUAUUCUGAUCGAGCACCCGGCCGUCCGUGACGUCGCUGUUAUCGGGAUCUGGAAUGACGAGAUGCACUCCGAGGUCCCGUUGGCUUAUUUAGUUGGGAAGGGGGGCGUAAACGAGACGGAUCCGGACCAUGUUGCGUUGUCGGUUAUGGAGUACCUUGGUCAGAGAGUCGUGCAUUAUAAGCACCUGCGUGGGGGCGUUAUCUGGACGCAUCAGAUCCCGAAGAGUCCGUCCGGGAAGAUAUUGAAACGGGCGUUGAGGGAUCGCGUCGGGACGGUCGAUAAGGGGAGGCGGAUUCUUGCGCCUGAGUAUGCGCGGUAUCGGUCUGCGAAGCUAUAG